AUGUCUCACGCCUCACAAGACACUGAAUUUAAUGAUGCAUUGAGGGCUCACGGUAUCAUUCCGCCAAAGAAGCCAUCACGCUCGCCCUCGCCUGAUGUCCCAACGGAAAGUGAGCGGCGAGAACGCUCGCGAAUGCAGGCCACUGUCGCCGAUCUAGAUGAAGAGCUCGAGACGGCUGAUGACGAUGAAGAGCGUAUUCUCUUUCGUCUGCGCCAGCAGCGAAUGCAAGAACUCUCUUCGUCGGCAAAAAUGGCGCGAUUUGGUCGUGUAUACCCUAUUUCUCGUCCGGAUUAUACACGGGAAGUCACCGAUGCUAGCAAGGAAGACAUUUCUCCUGCAGGCACCGAUGACUCUCGCAAAGGCACCGGUGUUGUUUGCUUUUUGUAUCACCCCAGUAUGGAUACCUCCAAGCUGCUGGCAGGAUACCUCGAUACCCUCGCUGCAAAGCAUCCUGCCACCAAGUUCGUCAGCAUCGUGGGCAGCCAAUGCAUACCGAACUACCCAGACCACAAUCUUCCGACUCUUCUGAUAUAUCGUAACGGAGAGCUGCGUCGACAAAUCGUGGGUCUUCGCCCAGAAAUUGGGCUAGAUGGCUUGCGGACCACACUGGCGGAUAUUGAGUUGCUGUUGACUGCAGUUGGAGCUAUCGAUAAGCCAGCCUCUGGUGAACAAAAUUCUCGAUCUAAGCACUCUGAUGAAGAAGGCGAGGAAGAGAAGCACGCUCGCAGCAACACUCGGGGACAAGAUGAUGAUGAUGACGACGAUUUAGACUGGGAUUAG